GGAGCGAGUGAGCGAGCCUGUGGUGGCCGAGCCCUCAGCCCCGGCGCUCGGUGACAGCGCAGCCCGGCCGGGGAGCGAGCCGCUGCCAGGCCCGGGGACGUGUCCCAUGUCCGCGGCCUUGCCGGCCUCUGCAGCGCAGGGAGCAGCGGGAGCGGAGCUGCGGGCCCGCCGCCGGGGAAGGCCGGGCCCGGAGCAGGAAAAAGAGACUGGAGCGAAACUUCACAUUGAAAGAAAGCUCUUUUUUUUUUUUUUUUUUUUUUUUUUUUUUUUUUUUAAAGUUAACUAUACCCCAGGAACUGUAACCCAAAUGUUUCUCUGUCCGUGGAGAAGAUUUCAUUUUUGAAACAAGAUUUCUACGGAAGCUGGGUGUGUUCCAUCAUCAUGUUCUGGAAGUUUGAUUUAAACACAACAUCACAUGUGGACAAGCUGCUGGAUAAGGAGGAUGUGACACUGCACGAGCUGAUGGAUGAAGAUGACAUCCUACAGGAGUGCAAGGCACAGAACCGCAAACUGCUGGACUUCAUCUGCCAGCAGCACUGCAUGGAGGAGCUGGUUAGCCUCAUCACACAUGAGCCCCCUGUGGACAUGGACGAGAAGGUCCGCUUCAAAUAUCCGAAUACAGCCUGUGAACUCCUGACCUCUGAUGUGCCGCAGAUCAACGACAAACUAGGAGGGGAUGAAACUUUAUUGAACAUCCUGUAUGACUUCUUGAAUCACGAGCCGCCUUUGAACCCUUUGCUUGCCAGUUUCUUCAGCAAGACUAUUGGGAAUCUCAUUGCAAGAAAAACUGAACAGGUGAUUGCAUUUUUGAGAAAUAAAGACCAAUUUAUUAGCCUGGUACUAAAGCAUAUUGAUACGUCUGCAAUGAUGGACCUGCUGCUUCGUCUGAUCAGCUGCGUGGAACCAGCACCUCUACGUCAGGAAGUAUUAAAUUGGCUUAAUGAAGCAAAAGUAAUUCAGAGACUUGUGGAGCUGAUCCAUUCGAGCCAAGAUGAGGAUAGGCAAUCAAAUGCUUCCCAGACCUUGUGUGAUAUCAUAAGACUGAGCAGAGACCAGGGCAACCAGCUACAGGAGAUAUCUGAGCCUGAUCCGCUUCUCACAGCACUGGAAUCGCAGGAAUGUGUGGAGCAGCUUUUGAAAAACAUGUUUGAUGGAGACCAGACUGAAAACUGCAUAGUGAAUGGAACUCAGAUUUUAUUAACCUUAUUGGAGACAAGGCGCUCUGGAGUGGAGGGACUGAUGGACUCAUUCUCUCAGGGAUUUGAAAGGUCUUACACUGUCAAUAGCAGCAUCUUACAUGGUAUUGAACCACGGCUAAGGGAUUUUCACCAGCUUCUACUCAAUCCCCCCAAGAAAAUGUCAAUCCUGACUACAAUUGGUGUCUUGGAGGAGCCACUGGGGAAUGCUCGUCUUCAUGGAGCUCGACUAAUAGCUGCUCUGCUUCACACAAACACUCCCAGUAUUAACUAUGAACUAUGCAGACUCAAUACCAUGGAUUUAUUACUUGACUUAUUUUUUAAAUACACAUGGAAUAACUUUUUGCACUUCCAAGUGGAACUGUGCAUAGCAGCUAUUCUCUCUCACUCUGUGCAUGAAGGGAAAUCAGCAACAAAUGAUCUGGAAAAUAAAGAGGAGGUGCUGAAUGGGAAUGUGACCACAGAGAACUUGAAGACUCCAGACCACAGUCCAGAGAGUAUUAUGGUGACACAUCUGUUCCAGAAGUGCUGCCUGUUGCAAAGGAUAUUGGAUGCCUGGGAAGUCAAUGACAAAAUACAGGCAGAAGGUGGAAUGAGGCGAGGGAAUAUGGGCCACCUUACCCGAAUAGCCAAUGCUGUGGUACAGAAUAUGGAGAAGGGGCCCAUGCAGACCCAGAUCAGUGAAUUCAUUAAAGAGCUACCUGAGGAUUGCAGAGGGAGGUGGGAGAGCUUUGUAGAAGAGACGUUGAGAGAGACAAACCGGAAGAAUACAGUGGAUUUGGUGAGCACCCACCAUCUGCAUUCUUCCAGUGAGGAUGAGGACAUCGAGAGCGCUUUCCCCAAUGAACUCUCCCUCCAACAGGCAUUCUCAGAGUACCAAAUCCAACAGAUGACAGCCAGCUUUGUGGAUCAGUUUGGCUUCAAUGACGAAGAGUUUGCAGACCAGGAUGACAAUAUCAAUGCACCUUUUGACAGGAUUGCAGAGAUAAACUUCAACAUAGAUGCGGAUGAUGACAGUCCAAAUGCAUCCCUCUUUGAGGCCUGCUGCAAUGAACGGAUCCAACAAUUUGAUGAUAAAGAGGAGGAGGAAGAUAUCUGGGAGGAGAAGGAAAUAACCUAUGCAACCCAAGUCAAAUCAAGAACACGGUUUGGAGUGUCUCAGACCUCAGAGAGUUCCUCAAAAAGUGAUCUAGAGAAUGGGGAUCGUGAUGGCAGUGUGGACUCAGAAGAAGAGGAGGAAUCAGAAGAACAAACAACACCUGUCACCGAGAACACCAACAAGAAUAAUCCUUCUGAGCAGAAAGACUCUGACUCUGCUGAAGGAUCUGAGUGGACAGCCGUGUUUGAGCCUGUGAAUUCAAAACCCCCGGCACCCUGUGUUGCCAUGGAUGUUGGAUCAAGUGUAUGGGAUUCAGCAGCACCAGAGACAGCCACUCCUGAGGAGAAAGGAUGGGCAAAAUUUACAGACUUUCAGCCUUUUUGUUGCUCAGAAUCAGGUCCCAGAUGUAGUUCUCCUGUGGAUACAGAAAGCAGUGACUCAGAGGGAAACCCCAAGCAGGGUCAGGACAAGAACUUCAGUGCUGCCUCACCCUGUGUUUGGAAUGUCUGUGUGGCAAGGAAGGCACCUCUGGUGGCUUCAGACAGUAGCUCAUCUGGAGGCUCAGACAGUGAGGAAGAGGAGGAUAAAGCUGAUAUCGUCACAGAAACCAUCAGUACAGGCUUGGGCCAGGAAACUAUCAAACUCACCAUGGAUGCUAAGAACGAGAAGGCUGUGUUCACCAGUGAUGCAGACUGCCUAGUUAUUGACAAGCUGACCAUCACCGACAUGGGAACGACAAAGGUGUCCAAACCACUAAACAGCAUGCCCCAGCAUUCUGAGGAGCUCCAGAACGCUGCAGCUGUCGGCAUGGCUGCCACAGAAAGCACAACAAAAGACAGGAAAGAGGAGGUCUUGCCAUGUGCUGAAGCCACAUUAAAUGGCCCUGCUUGAUGAAGCAAAUGCAAUGGGACAUGUCUGAUCCAGGCCAGGCUGCUACCUGGUGAUGCAAUUUGUCAGUUUUUUUCAUUUUAAUUUUAUUUUUUAAUAAAUGCUGCAUUGAUGAGAGAGCUGGCAUUCAGGACCAGACACACGAUUUCAACACCAACAAUCUGUUCCGGAAGACACUUGUUUUGUCUAAAUGUAGCAUUGAUCAGUUAGUCAUCACAGGAAUGACUCAGCCCUACCCAAGGAAGCCUUCUGCCUAAUUUUAGUACCUUGUCCCCCUCUCUCUUCUUCCCUUGUUUUCUCUUUGGGGUUCAAUCCUAUUUUCUUAGUGUUAUUGCACACAGUAUUCAGCUUCUCUUCAGAAAAGUAGCAGGUCUAACGCUGGGACUUGGACGGUGCGCAAGAAGUCCUGCAGUCGUGUGACCAAAGUUCCUGAUGGAGCUGUCUUUGGGCAGCAUUUGCACCGCUUUUGUAUAGCAAUAAAGCCUUAUCAGAAACAUUUCAUAGGAGGGUAGACUGAGGAUUGCCUGUAUUGGAGUGUCAGAAAUGAAGUCCAGAGUGCUGGAAGUAAAAUGAGAUUAUGCUCAGCAGCCCUGUGAACUUGCGAGUUGUUGUUGAGGCAGUUUCUUGCAGCUGAUACAGCUUUGUCGUCUCCCAUCUGCAGUUAUUUGGUAAGCAAAUGUUUUCCACCUCCAUUGUUCUGGAGGCCCUCUCUCCCUCCUUCAUGCAAUUGAAAAGAAAUAAUUGAAAGAUGCAUUGUGCUGGGAGGGAAGCCUCACACUCACUGUUGGUUGCUCCCCAGGCUGUUCAGAAGCCAGUUUCACUUCACAGCCAAGAUUUUCAAGAACAGUUAAAUGAUUAGUAACUUUGAGUGCCCAGUUGGAGAUGUCUUAGAAGAGUCUGAUUUUCAGAGAGUUGAGGUUCAGCAGUUUAUAAAAAUCAGGCCUCUUUAAGAUCCCUUAAGUUGGGCACUCAAAAAAAUUUACUAUGUCAAAGCGGAAGUGUUAUUAACCAAAUACAGCAGAACAGCUGCUGAUCCCAGCAGUUUUUGAAAUCCAUGGCUGGAUGUCACAGCCCCAUUAAGUACCUCGUGAGGCCAAUAGCUUGUUCCCAAUUUCUUCCCAAAAAGAACGGGAGUACUUGUGGCACCGUAGAGACUAACAAAUUUAUUUCAGUGUGAGCUACAACUCACUUUUUCGGAUGCAUAGAAUGGAACACGCAGACAGGAGAUAUUUAUACAUACAGAGAACAUGAAAAGGUGGAAGUAUGCAUACCAACAGGAAGAGUCUAAUCAAUUGAGAUGAGCUAUCAUCAGCAGGAGAAAAAAAAACUUUUGAAGUGAUAAUUAAGUUGACCCAUAGAAGGUAUGAGGAGAACUUAACAUAGGGAAAUAUCAAAGAUCUACAACCUAUCCUUAAAGAUGAUCCCUCACUCUCUCAGAUCUUGGGAGACAGGCCAGUCCUCGCUUAUAGACGUCUCCCAACCUGAAGCAAGUACUCACCAGCAACCGCACACCAUACAACAUAAACACUAACCCAGGCACCUAUCCUUGCAACAAAGCCCGAUGCCAGCUCUAUCCACAUGUCUAUUCAAGUGACACCAUCAUAGGACCUAACCACAUCAGCCACAUCAUCAGGGGCUCGUUCACCUGCACAUCUACCAACGUGAUAUAUGCCAUCAUGUGCCAGCAAUGCCCCUCUGCCAUGUACAUUGGCCAAACCGGACAGUCUCUACGCAAAAGAAUAAAUGGACACAAAUCUGACAUCAGGAAUCAUAACAUUCAAAAACUAGUGGGAGAAAACUUCAGCCUCUCUAACCACUCAGUGACAGACUUGAAGGUGGCAAGUUUGCAACAAAAAAACUUCAAAAACAGACUCCAAAGAGAGACUGCAGAACUCAAAUUAAUAUGCAAAUUAGAUACAGUUAACUCAGGCCUAAACACAGACUCGGAAUGGUUGGGUCAUUACAGUAAUUGAAUCUAUUUCCCUAUGUUCAGUUCUCCUCACACCUUCUAUGAGUCAUCUUAAUUAUCACUUCAAAAGUUUUUUUUCUCCUGCUGAUAGCUCAUCUCAAUUGAUUAGACUCUUCCUGUUGGUAUGCAUAAUUCCACCUUUUCCUGUUCUCUGUAUGUAUAAAUAUCUCCUGUCUGUGUGUUCCAUUCUAUGCAUCCGAAGAAGUGAGCUGUAGCUCACAAAAGCUCAUGCUGAAAUAAAUUUAUUAGACUCUAAGGUGCCACAAGUACUCCUGUUCUUUUUGAGGAUACAGACUAACACGGCUGCUGCUCUGAAAUCUCUUCUCAGUUGCAGUUCUUGGCCUCCAGGGGCUGCAUUUCCAGCUGAUACAGUUCUGUGACUGAGUGCAGCCUGCUUGGGAUUUCUUUGAGUGGAGAAGGGGAAAUGUCCAUAGGAAUCUGGUCUUUCUCUUGGCUUGAUGCAAUUUCAGCCACUGCAAUAGGGUAAGUUGCAUCAAGUCUGCAGCGUUAGUAGCAGAUUUUAACCUUUUAUGUUUCAUAUUCAUUAGCUUUGAGCAUUGACUUCAGGUGAAAGCUUUAAAAAUGUCUUUAAAACAUAUCCAAUAAACAGCUCUAAAUGGCCCAGAAUAUAUUAGGAGUGAGCCCCAACCUUCGCUGCACAGUGUGAAUUUGGAGGGGCUCUUUAUCUGAAAAGACAAUAGUGAACUUGGUCUCUUGUGCCUAAUUAGUGAUUAGGCAUCUUGUAAAUACUUAGAUGAACUUUGAGAAAUGCCCAAGAUUUCUUGCUUUUAAAACAGUGAAUGAUUCCUCCAUAUUCUGGGGCUUAGGUUCUGAAUUAUACCUCAUUAACUCCACAGCAUUGUCCUUCCUAUCAGCCAGUGAACUGAGAUGGAAAGUAGCUUUUAUAUGUUUUCAUCCUUAGUAUCUUGAAGGUUGUAACUUAGCACAGAACCCGUCAGGUGGUGGUGUCCUUGCCUGACCCAAAUGAUUUUAUUAUUAAGCUACGCACAAAACUCUGGUUGUCUGUAUAUAGUCAACUCCCUGCUAUCUAAAUUCAUGUACAGUAUGUCUAGAUUAAGGUCCCCCUGUCUCCAGUUCAUGUGGCAUGCAGUUUUUCCAUUUGGUCCUCUUUGCUAUCUGAGCUUUCUUCCAGCCACUUUAGGCUACAGUCUAGUGCUCUUGUUGUGUUGCGGUCCGGCCAUUUGAUUGCUGUACUGUAUCCGGAUUACCUUUCGUGGUUAUUUCCCUCUAAGGGAUAGCAAUUGACUUAACCCUUUCCUAGGCCGUGCUAUGCCUUGUGCAAUCUCCCACUUGCAACAAAGAUGUUUCCAUUGUUUAGAUGACAGAUUGGGACUUGCUUUGACCAUUGGAGGUGUUCUUUGGAUGCAUGCUAUACAUCUGGGUCCUCCCAUAGGGUAAGCACUGUAUCCUGGGGAGGAAUUGUUGCACAAGGUUGGAAGCAAGGCAUAUUCUCUACCAAAGAUGGAUUUAUUUACACCCAGCUGUAUCCUUCAAAAACAAUUUUAGACUGGGGCAAAAUUAAGAUCAGAUCAUGAUCAGAAAGCAAGGAAGACUGAACAGGAACUAUAUUCAGCUCUCUCCUUCCCCAUCUAUAUUCAGUAUUUAAGUCUGAUCAUAGCUAUAUGGUAUGUAUAAUUUGUUUAGUUUUGUGUGUGUGUGUGUAUAUAAAUAGCAUAAUCCAGAUUUCAAUAUAUAUAUGUACGUUUAUAUACACACACAAUUGGAAAUUGUAUGAAACUUUUUGAAAUGGAGACUCAAUGCACAAAGAAUUUGAUUUACAUAUGUAUGCACAGGUACAUAUAAAACUCCCAAGACAUGCACAGCCAUAUUUGUUGGUUAAGACUGAGGCUGAUAGACCAUAACUUGUGGUGGCAAAAUCUGUUUUAUAUAUUCUAGUUUAAUAAUUUUCACCCAGCAGGGCAUUGAAAUAAAUGGAUUGCAAAAGUGC